AAACGUGAAUCUUUGAUUUGCAGGUCUCAAAUAUCGCCAAAGUUAAAUGUGACGCUAAUCAGAUUCAUAGCUCUUGAGCUUGUGGAAACGGCCAAGAGAAUUCCUGGUGCGACAUACAAUGGCUGCCGCAAGACGUUCUUUUUGCUAGAACAAUUAAGAAUCUGGACUAGGACCAAACUUUCUUGCACAUGCGUGAGUCAAGAGAAAAAAACAUGUAGUCCUCAUCUUUGUCGAUUCAUGUGAUACGCUAUCAUGUUUCUGGAAACUUGGAUAGCUGGUGCAUGCCAAGAAGAGGACUGCCUUCAUGCUGAUGAAGGCAUGAUGCAUGUGUACUAUGCAUCAUAUACAGGAAUUUGCAAUUUUUGAUGUGCAAGGACUUAAUUAGAAAAUUAGUUAUCCACUGCAACAUUGAAGGCUGCAUAAUGCAUAUUCAAUGGCCUUGAAAGAAAUGAUUUGCUAUAUGAUUGAUCAUAAAAUUUAUAAUUCAGAGACUGCAGUCCAAUGGUUCCUGACAAGAUGUCUCCACAUGCAACAAAAUAGUUGUCGUACUCAAUGUUAGGUGGUAAUAAACAAAGACCAUAUAUUGUAAAGUAAUAACAGACUUUAACUUUGAGUCUUCAGUGUUUUCCUCAUGCUCUUUAACUUACUAUAAGGACAUAAGAAACUAAUUUGGUUUUACUGUAACUGUGUAGGAAUCAAGGUAAUAUUUAAAGGGUUUGGCUAGUGUGUGCCCAUGGGCACAUGCUAACGCUAAAUUUGAUGCUCGAUUUUUAGGUAAUGCUUCCAAUUCAGGAGUUGCUUUAUUACUUCAUUCUUGUCUUGUGUAUAAACUUCAUGUCCAGGUAAGAUCAAGGCUAAUAUCCCAAGUAUCUUAGUGAAAGAUGUAGGUUUCUUCCUGAUAAAGUAUUUCUCAAUAUGAUGUUUAUUUGCUAAUUCCUCCGCUGUUCUGUGUAUCUGACAUUUUUGACCACAUAUCCUUGAGUAUUGCUUAAUUAGACUAUAAACUUUUGAGCCUAAGUGAUGUAUAAGUUAGCUAGCUGACAAUGAGCCAUCAGACAGACAUAUUGAAAUUUUACAGCCAAUCAAGUGUGAGCUCACCAACAAGAUAAACAUGUGCUAAUUAUAAGAAUUUUUGGUGCUCUGCAAAGUUGUCCUUGAUAGCGCAGCUAGCUAGAGCAGGUGAUAUGCAUUCAACAAGAACUGACCUAUCAGAGGUAGGAAAAAGUUUGAGACCAUCUUCUGUGCCUUCCAGUUUCCUUACAAAUUCUAAUUCGAUGGUGGAUAAUAAGGAUGAUGAGUAUGUUGAGCAAUGGGCUGAGAUCAAUAGAUUGCCUACUUUUCAACGCUUGAGGUUAUCACUCAUUGAUGAUUAUAACAAUGAAGGAGACAGAUGUGAUGCUAAAGGGAAGAGGAUAAUAGAUGUUUCUACUGUUGGUGCACUGGAAAGGCAUAUGUUCAUUGAGAAGCUUAUUAAGCAUGUUGAGGAUGACAAUCUACAUUUGUUGCACAGGAUUAGAAAAAGAAUAAACAAAGUUGGCCUGAAAUUUCCUACUGUUGAAGUGAGGUACAAUAAUCUGCAUGUGGAAGCAGAGUGCGAAGUAGUUAGUGGCAAGCCCCUGCCGACUCUCUGGAACUCCCUGCAAAGAAUGAUCUUUGAUAUUGCCAAUAUUGGUGGAUUGAAGUCGAGAAAGGCCAAAAUAAGCAUCAUCAAUGAAGUCAGUGGUAUCAUCAGGCCUGGAAGAAUGACUUUACUGCUUGGCCCUCCAGGAUGUGGGAAGACUUCUUUCCUCAAAGCACUUUCUGGAAACCUAGAUAAAUCUUUAAAGUGUACCGGAAUAAUCUCUUAUAAUGGCUGUAGACUUGAAGAGCUUGUGCCUCAAAAAUCUUCUGCUUACACAAACCAAUAUGAUCUGCAUAUCCCUGACAUGACUGUAAGGGAAACACUUGAUUUUUCAGCUUGCUGUCAGGGUAUUGGAAAUCGAGCAGAGUUAAUGAUCGAGGUCCUCAGGAGGGAGAAAGAGGCGGGAAUCAUUCCAGAUUCAGAUAUUGAUACCUUUAUGAAGGCAAUAUCUGUUGGAGGACAAAGAGCAUCCCUUCAGACUGACUACAUACUGAAAAUUCUUGGCCUUGACAUAUGUGCGGACAUACUAGUAGGAGAUGCAAUGAGAAGAGGCAUAUCUGGCGGUCAGAAGAAAAGAUUGACUACAGGGGAGAUGAUCGUUGGCCCCACAAAAGCUCUUUUUAUGGAUGAAAUAUCAAAUGGACUAGACAGCUCUACCGCGUAUCAGAUUAUUUCAUUUCUCCAGCAACUUGUUCACAUCACAGAAGCAACGGUUAUUGUGUCACUUCUUCAGCCAGCACCAGAAGCCUUUGAUAUGUUUGAUGAUAUUGUAUUAAUGGCAGAAGGGCAAAUUGUGUACCAUGGACCACGUAGUCAUGUUCUUGAAUAUUUCGAGAGAUGUGGCUUUAAGUGCCCUGAAAGGAAAGGAGUAGCUGACUUUCUGCAGGAGGUUAUAUCCGUAAAAGAUCAAGCACAGUAUUGGCAUAGACCUGAACAAACUCACCAUUAUGUUUCUGUGGAUACACUUUCUAGUAUGUUUAAAGAAUCAGAUUUUGGUAAAAAUCAUGAGGAGGAGCUAUCUAAGGAUUAUAUAAAGUCAGAGAAUCAUAACAAAUCUCCUUCAUAUAGCAUUUACUCUCUGUCAAAAUGGACUCUAUUUAAAGCCUGCAUGACAAGAGAAAUUAUUCUCAUGAGGAGGAACUCGUUCAUAUACAAAUUUAAAAUUUUUCAGCUUUCAUUAAUUGCAUCUAUUACAAUGACUGUAUUUUUGCGAACUCGGAUGGAAGUUGUGGCUGCACAUGGAAACCAAUAUUUGGGUUCCUUAUUCUACUCUCUCAUUAUUCUUUUAGUAGAUGGAUUUCCAGAAUUAACGAUGACUGUAGCACGGCUUUCAGUUUUCUACAAACAGAGAGAUUUGUGUUUCUACCCAGCUUGGGCUUACGCAAUUCCAGCUGCCAUUCUAAAGAUUCCUCUUUCUAUUCUGGAAUCUUUAGUUUGGGUAUGUCUUACGUACUAUGUCGUUGGGUAUAGCCCAGAGCCGGAGAGGUUUUUCAGACAGUUAUUUUUGUUCUUUUUUGUGCACUGGACAUCAAUAUCUAUGUUCCGCUUCUUGGCAUCUGUCUGUAGGACUGCAGGUGCUAGCGCUACAGCUGGUAGUGUGUCAUUAGUACUUGUAUUAUUAUUUGGGGGCUUCAUCGUCCCAAGACCCUUAAUGCCAUCUUGGUUGAAGUGGGGAUUUUGGGUUUCACCAAUAACAUAUGGUCAGAUAGGCCUUGCUGUGAAUGAGUUUCUUUCUCCAAGAUGGCAAAAGAUGCUGUCCACCAACACAACAAUAGGGCAACAAGCUCUUGCGGAUCGCGGACUGGACUUCAGUCGGUACUUUUUUUGGAUAUCUCUUGGUGCCUUAUUUGGAUUCAUACUAUUUUUCAAUGCUGGAUUUGUCUUGGCCUUGAGUUUUUUGAAUGAUGCGGGCUCUCGUGCUAUUAUUUCAAGAGACAAGCUGUCAGCAAACAAAGGAAGUGAAAAUAUCACAACAAACACAACUAAUGAAGAGAAACCCAAAAAUGGAGGAAGAAUUGUUCUACCAUUCGAACCUGUUACUCUUGUGUUCCAUAAUGUUCAAUACUACGUGGACACCCCUUUGGAAAUGUCUGAACAUGGAUGCAGUCAGAAAAUGCUCCAACUUCUUUGUGAUAUCACUGGUGCAUUCAGACCUGGUGUUCUUACUGCGCUGAUGGGUGUCAGUGGAGCUGGUAAAACAACACUUCUCGAUGUCCUUGCAGGAAGAAAAACUAGUGGCACCAUUAAUGGAGAAAUUAAGAUUGGAGGAUACCCUAAGGUUCAAGAGACAUUUGCUAGGAUUUCAGGAUAUUGUGAGCAAUCUGACAUACAUUCCCCUCAAGUUACUGUUGAAGAGUCGGUGCUUUUUUCUGCUUGGCUACGUCUUCACCCACAGAUUGAUUCGAGAACUAAAUCUGAUUUUGUGAGAGAUGUCCUUGAGACUGUUGAACUUGAUGGUAUACAAGAUUCCUUAGUUGGCAAGCCAGGUGUUAGUGGUCUAUCAAAUGAGCAACGCAGGCGUCUAACCAUAGCUGUGGAGCUUGUUUCUAACCCCUCAAUCGUUUUUAUGGAUGAACCUACAACGGGACUUGACGCUAGAGCAGCAGCUAUUGUCAUGCGGGUUAUGAAGAAUGUGGCUGAUACUGGAAGAACAAUUGUUUGUACCAUUCAUCAACCGAGUGUCGAUAUAUUUGAGGCAUUCGAUGAAUUGAUUCUGUUGAAAUCUGGUGGACGUGUUAUUUACUCUGGACCAUUGGGUCCGAAUUCAAGUAGAAUAACAGAUUACUUUGAGAGCAUCUCAGGAGUACCAAAGAUCAGAAAUAAUUACAAUCCCGCAACAUGGAUGUUAGAAGUUACUUCUUUAUCUGCAGAAGCAGAGCUUGGCCUAGAUUUUGCCCAAAUCUAUGAGAGUUCUUCCUUGAACAAACACAAUGAAGAGAUAGUCAAGAGCUUAAGUAUUCCGCCUCCAGGUUCCCAGAAGUUGUAUUUUGCCACCCCUUUUGCACAAAAUGGCAUCGGGCAAUUUAAAUCCUGCCUAUGGAAACACCAUUUAUCUUAUUGGAGAAGUCCUUCAUACAAUUUCAAUCGUUUGAGGCAUAUGAUAUUUUCAUCAUUUGUUUUUGGGUUUCUCUUCUGGGAUCAAGGGCAGAAACUAGACAACCAACAAAAUUUGUUCAGCAUAUUUGGUUCGAUGUUUUCAACUACUAUAUUUUCUGGCAUGAAUAAUGCCUCCUCAGUUAAACCUUACAUUACAACCGAACGAAAUGUUUUGUAUAGAGAAAUAUUUGCUGGGACGUAUUCGCCAUGGGCUUAUGCACUUGCACAGGUAAUAAUUGAGAUACCUUAUGUAUUUGCUCAAUCACUUGCAUAUGUGGUAAUUACCUAUCCAAUGAUUGGAUAUUCUUGGACUUCUUACAAAGUGUUGUGGUAUUUCUACUCCAUGUUCUGCACAUUGUUGUAUUUCACAUAUAUGGGGAUGAUGAUUGUUUCGUUCACUCCUACGUAUCCAGCAGCGGUGAUUCUACAGUCUACUUUCAACACCAUUUUUAACCUGUUUUCUGGAUUUAUUAUUCCUCAACCACAAAUUCCCAAGUGGUGGUUAUGGUUAUAUUACCUCACACCAUCAUCAUGGACAUUGAACAGCAUGCUCUCCUCUCAGUAUGGAGAUGUAGAGAAGGAGAUUAUAGUAUUCGGAGAAAAGAAAACAGUUGCAGCCUUUGUAAAGGAUUACUUUGGAUUUCACCAUGAUCGCUUACCAAUAGUUGGUGUGGUUCUGAUGUUAUACCCAAUUAUCUUUGCUUCAAUAUUCGCAUAUUGUAUUGGGAAGUUAAAUUUUCAAAGGAGGUGAAUGUGGUGAAAGCAUUGUAUCGGGAAGCUUAGUACAACUGACCUCGGAUGGAACUUGCUGCAAGAUCUCUGUAAGUUGUCUUUAUUCAGUGUAUUGUUGCAGUCUAUAUAACGUUGUUGAUUAGCAACCGUGAGGAUGGUGGUUGAAAUUUGAUCACUCGAAACUUUAAGGUAAACCAUACAAUGAGAAUUCGGAGCUUCCUUCUCUCUCAACUGAUCUGAAAAUAAUUAUUGACAAUGCCAUUUUUGACCACUUCAGUAGGUUUCUUUUCAUUGAACUAGCAAAUUUCUGAUCCUGCUAUUGUACUUCCCCAGAUCCUGGUUUAUUUUGUAUUUACGCUUUGUUUGUCUUAAAUGAUUCGUGUUUCCAACUGAGUUCAUUCUGGUCUUAAGCCUGAUCGUCGUAUGCACAUUGAAAUAGCAUGGGCGACUGUGAUUUCAUGUUAGAGGAAUCCCAAUCCUCAUACGCCUAUUAAGUAGAAAACCAGCAAAAGGGAAACCACAACACACCUUAGUUCCUGCUACCUUUUUUAAGAAAAACAUUAGUGGUGACGUUUCAGUUUGACGCCAGACUCAGUCUCAAAUGAUACUAAUUAAGAACACUCUAGUUUCAGUCUGCAACGACGAUGAUCAAAAUCUCAGGUACUGACAUUAUGCAUAGGGAUAACCUAAUAGCCUGUUAUAUAGUACGAAUUAGGCAGGAAUUCUCAGGUCUUUGGCAGCUAGGCUAGGCUUAAGGCUCUUAGUAAGAGUACCCUUUCACCCUUUUUUUUUUUUUAAGGUUCUGGAGAGGUUUGCCAGUUUGACUUACUUUUGGAUUCAUCAAAUUAGGCACCUAAGGUUACAGAGCUGACCUCUAAGGUUCGGCCUUCUCUUUCAAGGAAAAGAUGUUUGAUGAAUCCAUCUUAAUUCCUUUCAAGCAACUUUGCCGGCAUCACUGAGCAAUUUCCUAUCACAUUGUCAGCCUUCAUUGUCCU